ACGUAAGAUUUAAGUUAAAUGAUUUGCUGCAUUCAUAAGACACGAGUAACUAAAGAUCGGCAGAAGAGGAAAUGUCAUUUUCCUGUAUUAUUUUGUCUGUUACGUUACACAACCACAAAGCUGGGCAAGCUUAGACACAGGAAGAAAUCACUGCUGUCAUAUCAACACCGUCAACGGCUGGUGUUACCCAGAGUGCGGCCCAGACAAGAGCCCACGACCAUCACAUCAGACACCAUGAUGGAGGGGGGCAUGCAGCUGCUCAACCGCGAUGGUCACAGCAUCUCGCACAACUCAAAGCGACACUACCAUGAUUCCUUUGUGUCUAUGAACAGGAUGCGACAGCGUGGCCUUCUAUGUGACAUCGUGCUCCAUGUGUCCAACAAAGAAAUCAAGGCUCACAAAGUGGUACUGGCAUCCUGCAGCCCCUACUUCCACGCUAUGUUUACCAAUGAGAUGUCGGAAAGUCGGCAGACCCAUGUGACCCUUCAUGACAUUGACCCUCAGGCUCUGGAGCAGCUGGUCCAGUAUGCCUACACAGCUGAGAUUGUGGUUGGGGAGGGCAAUGUGCAGACGCUGCUUCCAGCAGCAAGCCUGCUGCAGCUCAAUGGGGUGCGGGAUGCCUGCUGCAAGUUCCUCCUCAGCCAGCUAGACCCCUCCAACUGCCUGGGCAUCAGAAGCUUCGCUGACACACACUCGUGCAGCGACCUGCUCAAGUCAGCACACAAGUACGUCCUGCAGCACUUUGUGGAAGUGUCCAAGACAGAAGAGUUCAUGCUGCUGCCACUGAAACAGGUCCUGGAUCUGAUCUCGAGUGACAAUCUCAAUGUGCCAUCAGAAGAGGAAGUGUACCGGGCUGUGUUGAGCUGGGUGAAACAUGAUAUAGAUGGACGUAGGCAACAUGUACCUUGGCUGAUGAAGUGCGUACGGCUGCCACUGCUGAAGCGAGACUUUCUGAUGAGCAAUGUGGAUACAGAACUGCUGGUACGGCACCACUCGGAGUGCAAGGACCUGCUGAUCGAGGCUCUCAAGUACCACCUCAUGCCUGAGCAGAGGGGAGUCCUCAGCAACAGCCGAACACGCCCACGACGCUGUGAAGGCGCCAGCCCUGUGCUCUUUGCUGUUGGUGGUGGCAGCCUGUUUGCCAUCCAUGGAGAUUGCGAGGCCUAUGACACCAGGACAGACCGCUGGCACAUGGUGGCAUCCAUGUCCACUCGCGGGGUGCGAGCCAUUGGCAACAGACUCUAUGCUGUUGGAGGGUAUGAUGGCACCUCAGACCUUGCAACCGUGGAAUCCUACGACCCCAUUACUAACUCCUGGCAGCCUGAGGUUUCCAUGGGAACACGGCGAAGCUGUUUGGGUGUAGCAGUCCUGCAUGGCCUGCUCUAUGCUGCUGGAGGUUAUGAUGGAGCUUCCUGCCUCAACAGUGCAGAGCGUUACGACCCUCUGACCAGUACAUGGACCUCGAUUGCUGCUAUGAGCACCCGUAGAAGAUAUGUGAGAGUAGCAACUCUAGAUGGCAGCUUGUAUGCAGUGGGAGGUUAUGACAGCUCCUCACAUCUUGCAACAGUGGAGAAAUAUGACCCCCAGAGCAACACAUGGACAUCCAUCGCCAACAUGCUGAGUCGACGCAGCAGUGCCGGGGUGGCCGUGCUGGAAGGCAUGCUGUAUGUCGCAGGAGGCAAUGACGGCACCAGCUGCCUGAACUCAGUAGAGCGGCUCAAUCCCAAGACCAACACCUGGGAGGAAGUGGCCCCCAUGAACAUACGCAGGUUAGUCUGAAGCCAGAAUUCAUCGUUACUUUCAAUGGAUGGAUGGCUAUAUGCAGUGGGCGGUAAGGAUGGCAGCUCCAGCCUGAACUCCAUUGAGAAGUACAACCCACGUAGCAACAAAUGGGUCGCAGCUUCUUGCAUGUUCACACGGCGCAGCAGUGUAGGCGUGGCUGUGCUGGAGCUACUCAACUUCCCACCGCCCUCCUCACCCACCCUCUCGGUUUCCUCCACCAGCCUUUGACACGGGGUUACCACUUGGCUGACCCCAGCCUCUGCUGCUAAGGCCCAGACUGGCUCUGGGAAGAGACGCAACUGCUCUGUUUGAAAUGGGGCGGAGGAAGAUGAUUGUAGUGGACAGGUAAAACUGGGGGGGGGGAUGAAGCAGUAUUUACAUUAUUGUGGAAAAACGGUUUUUGUGUGUGCACUGUGCAGACCUCAGCAGUGCACAUUGUGAAGCGUGGCUACACCAAAAGUUUGACCUGAGUUGCGCUGACCUUUGUUGGGGCAGCCCAUCACUGUUGACCACUGCUUGAACUGACAGUUAUUUAGCCUACUUGUGUUUCUGAGUUUUCUUAACUGUACAAAUCCAGUCCAGACAGCCAGCCAAUUUAAUUGGAAAAAUAUCAGCAUGCAAUUGCAGCUACCUAGAUUGUUAAAAACACUUGACUCCCUGCAAUUGCAUUGACUGCUAGACAGUAUUGUAGGUAAGACCAUGGAGUGCAAGACCCUCGUUUUUCUGCAAUAAUGUGAAUAUGCCUUGAGACCCUUAUUGUCAAGCAUCUCAGAACCACUCCUAGUAAUCCAGCUGAAACUUAUCAUAGGAAUGAAAACACUUCACCUCAGAGGUUAUUUAUGAAGCCUCCUUCUCUUACUUUCAGCAAGGAGAAGAACUGCUCUUAGUGAUUUCCUAAGAUAUUUAUCUCAAUUGAUAAAAUGCUCUUACUUAUUGAUGUAAAAGUAGGACCAAAAAAUGGCCCACUCUGAGAAUUCUUGGCCAGAUAGGAGCCGUUUCCAAAUCCGAAACAUGACCCUGGUUUCAUAAAUAUACAGUUCCUUUAAUAAUUAGUGGCACGCUUGGUAAAAAUCAGGGGAAAUGUUAUGAGGUUUUAAUUUAAAAAUUUAGGAGCAUUGCCCUCUCAAACGACAUUACACAGCUAUUUAUUUUUAGGGAUAGUUAAGGCAUUCAAAACGUUUACUGAAAUAUCCACACAUUUUAUUGUUUAUUUUAUUUAUUUAUUUAUUAUAAUUUUUACAUUUUAUUGUCAAACCGUUCAGGCUGACAGUUCUGCCAUUCAUUCUGGACUGCACUUUAUUUGAUCUGGUUGCCUGAAACUGCACUGUAGUACUCCACCAUAGCAGUUCCCACUCUGUUCAACAGUACAAAGAUAUUCUUGGAUAAAGAUGUGUAAACACUCACUGGCAUCAUUCUUUCCUCAAGGCCCACUUCUUCUCCCACCCCUCUAGUAUUUGACACACUUAUCGUGAAACAUGGUGGACACCUGUUUGUUUGAUGCUGCUGUCCUCAAGAUUUGCAAGAUUUUUUAUUUUAAAGACAGCAUUGCUUUGCAAUAAUGUAUGAAAAAAGGUUAAAGAGGUUUUACUUUUGGAAUGUAGCUUUUGACUGGUUAUAUCAUACAUGUUUACAUAUUGGCAUUGACUCCCAACACCAGGUUAACAUGCUGUAGUGCUGCUAUGUCACAGUAGGUGGCAGUAACAGGCAACAUUGUAAACCCUUUUCACAGUGCAAGAGAGCAUGGACAUAAACAUAGAAAAGCUAGGCCCUCAGAACUGUAAGACUUUGGAUCCCUUUUUAUAAAAACAAAAUUAUUAUGUUGAACUAUAUGUAUUUAUAAAAAAAAUUGUAUAUAUUCUAAUAUAUUCUCUUUUAAAGAAACAUAGAGAAGGAAAUAUAGCAGCCCUAGAGCUAUUUAAGAGUGUUUUAAUAUAUUUAUUUAGUUGUGUUUGUGCACAUCAUCAAUGGAAAUGACAAGGAGAAUGUUUAAGUGUGAGAGAGGUAGUUAUUCUGUUUGUGUGCAUUUGGAGUUUCUCCUGAUUGUUGCAUUUUGAUAUGGAGUAUUUAAUUUGCAACCGUUUCUUCACUGCCAAAGCGAGUUCUCACAUGACACCGUAGCUUAUGUCCUCAUGUCCUAUAUUUAUGCAAAAGGAUUCAGUUGUUUGUAAACCUAUAGAUGUGGCUUAAAGUGUUGAUACUAUUUAAAAUAGAAAGAAAAUAAGUUGAAACUGAUCGAAGUAGCUGGCAUCCACUAACCCCUAUUCCACAUUUAUUGGAAGCUGCUGUUACAUUGCUUUUGAUUGUCAAUUUAAUAUAUUUUUAAUAAUACAACAGAUGAAAAGGGCAUGGACGAAAAUGCUGGAACACCCUUUUGAGGCAACUGUUGCAAUCAAGUGUUUUUGUGGCUCUUAUUGAGACUGAUACUUCUAAUGGUUUGGCCUGCUUCUUGAACAAACUGCAUGUUUCAGAUAUCUCAAUAGAUAUUCAACCAGAUUAAGAUCUGAACUGGUCUUCUUCCAUGGAGCUCGCUUCCAUUCAGAAGGCAACAUAUGGUGUGACUGGACAUAUUUGCUACUUAGUCUUGGAGAUCAGCUUUUAUCUGUUUUGAAGCUUUCUGUGGUGGUGACAAAAGAAUGUAUAAUUUCAAUAGCUGUCAGGAAGAACAAACAGUGAGGUGUAAGGGUACCAACACCGUUAGCCACAUCUGUAUGGAUGUGUCAAUGAAGGACUGUUUUCUUUAAUCAUACAGAGAUUAAGGCUGGAUAUUGAUAUUGAUCUCUCAAUUCAGUUUUAUUUCAAGUCCAUUAUUUUUGAUUUGAUUCAUGACAAUUAAUUUACAUCUGAUAAAUACCAAUGUCAGAAUUUUCAGCAUUUAACAAGUGAGCAACACUGUUGUUUCCUUGUAUAUAAUAUAAGUUCACAUAUAGGCCAACCUGUGAUCACAUUUACUGAUUGUAAUAUUUUUGUGGACCAAAGAUUUACAGUACUUUCCUUGGCAAAUACAAAACUACUAAAAUACAAAACAUCCAUUUUCUUAGGUACAUGUGCAAAACAGCUGAACAGAAAUAUAAAAACCCUGCACCACUAACAAGGCCGUUAUCACUGUGCAUAAUCUAAAAAAUGAAUGCCAUCCCAUUCAGCUACAUACACUAGCAGAUGCUUCAACAAAGUCCGGACAUCCUCUUUAAUGGUCAGUUUGAGCCUUCAGAAAUGGUUUCAUCUGUUCUGUUUGUGUUGACAACAGACUGAUAUCUGCAGACAGCUGGCAUUAGUUCCUCAACAGGAACAGACUGAAUAAAGGAGUCCACACACUGUUCAGUCAACUUCAGCAGCCACACAUCUCAUAGCCAGAGGUAAUAUCUCUGCAACAAAGCAAACUGAAAACUCAGAUCAGGCUUUCUUUCCUGUCUGUCCCUCUCGUUGACAGGAUCUCUACAUCCAGUAUGAGAUAUCCUGAGACACAACAGUCCUGUGUUUAUGGACUGUUAUGACUUAGCAUGGCUAAUAUAGCCAGAUAUCAUCUACAAUACUUUAUAUCUUAACCUUAUUAUAUAUUUUGUUAUAACUUCUUUUCCAUGUUUAGUGAAGAUAUACGUUUACAGAGAAAAGACGCAAAUAUAAAAAUUGAUCUGGGGAUUUCAGGAAUUGAUGUUGAAUCAUACAAACAAGGAUCACAAUUAAUCGAAAAAUCGAUAUUUCUAUCCAGCCCUAACAAGAGAUGGUUGUAACACAGGUUUACCUUCAGUAUAUCAACACUUAAAACUAAUGAGUAAUGUUGACACUUGGUGCUGUCAUAUUCCCUUCCACAAUAU